CUCGCCGACUCGGGCCCGAGCGGGGAGGGCGCCAGGCAGGACCGCUCGCUCGCUCGCUGCGCAGGACGGCGCCCGCCUGGCGCCGCUUCCCGCUCGGCGUGCGAACCGGCCGGGCCGCGCCUCCCUCCCUCCCAGCCGCCGCCACCGCCUCCGGGGAGGGCGCAGAGCCCGGGCCGCGAGGGAUCGGAACGACCGAGCCUCUUCUGCCGCGUCCUGCGCAAAGGAGGGCAAAGUUGCAAGCGGAUGCUGCCGACGCCGGACCCCAGCCGCGGACAGUCGGAUCCGCCCCCGCCGGAGGAGGUUCGGCGGCCGGGGACGAGGAUGUCCCCCACCUGAAGACGGCAAGCCAGAUCCCGAGUGAUGCUGCUGAGCUAACAGCCCACGGCCCCACCGUUCCCCAUGGAGAAAGGACUCACUUUACCCCAGGACUGCCGGGACUUUCUGCACAGCCUGAGGAUGAGGAGCAAAUAUGCUCUUUUCCUGGCUUUUGUGGUGGUGGUUUUUGUCUUCAUUGAAAAGGAAAAUAAAAUCAUAUCAAGGGUGUCAGACAAGCUGAAGCAGAUCCCGCAACCCCUGGCUGAUGCCAACAGCACUGACCCAGCCCUGAUCUUGGCCGACAAUGCGUCCCUCUUAUCCCUGAGUGAGCUCGAUUCGGCCUUCACCCAGCUGCAGGGCCGCCUCCGAAACCUCAGUCUGCAGCUGGGUGUAGAGCCGUUGGAAGAGGCCGGGGCCGAGGCCGAGGUCGCAGCUGGGGACGAGGGGCCACCGCCACCCCCGGGGGCCGGGCCUCGGCGCCACGUGCUACUUAUGGCCACCACGCGCACCGGCUCCUCGUUCGUGGGCGAGUUCUUCAACCAGCAGGGCAACAUCUUCUACCUCUUCGAGCCGCUGUGGCACAUCGAGCGCACCGUGUCCUUCGAGUCAGGAGGCGCCAGCGCCGCGGGCUCGGCCCUGGUCUACCGCGACGUGCUCAAGCAGCUAUUCCUGUGCGACCUGUACGUGCUGGAGCACUUCAUCAGCCCGCUGCCCGAGGACCACCUGACCCAGUUCAUGUUCCGCCGCGGCUCCAGCCGCUCGCUGUGCGAGGAGCCCGUGUGCACACCCCUCGUCAAGAAGGUCUUCGAGAAGUACCACUGCAAGAACCGCCGCUGCGGGCCCCUCAACGUGACGCUGGCCGCCGAGGCCUGCCGCCGCAAGGAGCACAUGGCCCUCAAGGCCGUGCGCAUCCGGCAGCUGGAGUUCCUGCAGCCGCUGGCCGAGGACCCGCGGCUGGACCUGCGCGUCAUCCAGCUGGUGCGGGACCCGCGCGCCGUGCUGGCCUCCCGCAUGGUGGCCUUCGCGGGCAAGUACGAGGGCUGGAAGAAGUGGCUGGCCGAGGGGCAGGCGCGCCUGGGGGAGGAGGAGGUGCAGCGGCUGCGGGGCAACUGCGAGAGCAUCCGGCUGUCCGCCGAGCUGGGGCUGCGGCAGCCCGCCUGGCUGCGCGGCCGCUACAUGCUCGUGCGCUACGAGGACGUGGCGCGCUGGCCGCUGCAGAAGGCGCGUGAGAUGUACCGCUUCGCCGGCAUCCCCCUGACGCCGCAGGUGGAGGACUGGAUCCAGAGGAACACGCAGGCGGCGCAGGACGGCAACGGCAUCUACUCCACGCAGAAGAACUCCUCCGAGCAGUUCGAGAAGUGGCGCUUCGGCAUGCCCUUCAAGCUGGCGCAGGUGGUGCAGGCCGCCUGCGGCCCCGCCAUGCGCCUCUUUGGCUACCGGCUGGCGCGGGACGCCGCCUCGCUCACCAACCGCUCCUUCAGCCUGCUGGAGGAGCGCGGAACCUUCUGGGUCACGUAGGCGCCCCGGGCCCGCGCACGCGCACUCCCCUCCUUGGGAAAGACCCGCCCUUGCCUGCCUCGCUCCUACGACGGCCAGCGGUGAGCUGGUGGCUUCCGUAGAGGGCAGCCGGGCGGGUGGGCGGCCUCCAGCGGGGCAGGCAGCCUUUAUGGAGCAGUAGGCUCCCUCCGUGCCGCAGCCUGUGGCCUGGGGUCUCUCACCGAGAGCGGGACAGUGCUUGUCCCCGAGGGCCGCCAGGCCAGGACCUAAGGAGCUGCGGUCUCCUGAGUAGGCACCCGGGCCCAGAGCUAUUGACAACAAGCCUUUCUCUGUCUCUUGUCUCUCUCUCUCACACACACAAUAUAAGAAACAUGUAUAAAUGCCUACAGACCCUGUGGGCCAGAGUCCCAGUGUUGAUCUGGAAGGGGCUGUGGGCACAGACAAGUCGACAGCAGCCCUCCCGUCGUACUCAGCCUUUAAAGUUCAGUUUCUGGAUUUCUACACCAUCCAGUGUGGAAUCUGCAUGGAUCCCUGGGGUGGGACUGGAACAGCCCAGAACGUCAGGGGAUGGCAGUUGGGGCUUUUCAACCAAGAACGGUUCGAUAUUUUCACAAAUGGAAGAGCUGUACCGGUUAUGAACAUCAGCCCUACACGGAACUAUAAAACACACGUGUAAAAAUAAGGCCUCUAUGUAUACCACACAUAGACCCAAACAACAUAGAAAUCCAAAUCCACACACACAUACACAGGCAAGCUGCCCUGUUGCUUUAUUCCCACAGAAUUUAACUAUCACACCCCUAAUGAGGAGCCUUUCAUUACAUUUUUAGAAUUAGCUGGGGAUGGGGAAGGAAACACGGUCAUGGGCCAUGACCCUGUUCCUGACCAGGUUUGAACUGAAAGAUAGACCCAGAAGGGCCGAGUCUGCGGCCCCUGCCCGCCUUGGUUUCCCCUGGCUAUCUCCUCUGGUCCAUUCCUGUCCUCCCUGCUGGCAGGCAGGAUGUUUUGAAAUGGGGUGGCCAGCCCUCACAUGACUGCAGCCCUAAUACUCUGUCCCAGCUGGGCUGGAUCCCUGAGAAUAUGACCCUGUGUGAAGGCUGCCCCAGGCCUGACUGGAGGCAAAAGGCAGCUGGCAAGUCCCGCCAUUUUCUGCCAGGCCUCAUGUGGGGCAGGGCCCAGAAGAGAGUACAGAGAGCUCUUGGGGGAGAAGUCAUAUCAGGAUACCCCCCCGACCCUGGGAAGACAGGGUACAGAGGUCAGCCUCGUGGUUGGUCACUGUGGUUGCAUGGUUAGUGUCUGGAAUUCCAAUUUUCAGGGCUCUGGGAAGAGGGUUGCUAAACUUGGGAUAGGCUGGGUGUUCUACUUG